GGGAGCCCAGAGCCGCAGCCAAGUGACAAUCCUGCUCCAAACAACAACACACAGGCCCUUGAACCAAUGGGGAGAUCCUAGGGCUCUUCAAAGUGGUAUUUCUCGGCUCCAGGUGGAGCUAGCUCGCUUCUGGUCCUGUAAAUACAGUCAAGAGCUGACCGGGUCACCAGGCACCGGGGAAAAAAAGGGAGUUAAAAAACUUCCUUGGUGCGUUUCCCCGCCCCCCACCCCCCCUCCUCCUCCAGUGCUUCCCCUCUCCUCUCUCCUUUGGAAUAAAAAGCCGAUGGAAAAAUCUAAAAACUUCCGAAUCGACGCACUCCUGGCCGUCGAUCUUCCCAAACUACCGGCUUGCUCGCCUCUUGUCACCUCGCCCGCCUCCUCCACAGCCAGCCCGCCAGAGCUCGACCAGCACCCGGUCACCUCGGACUGCCUGAGGUCCGACAGCCCGAGCCCUCCGCGCUUUAGCCUCGGCAACCUGAUGCCGAAGCCCAGCUUCCUGAGUGUGCACCAGCAUCCCGGGAUGACGGGCCUCCACCCUCACGGGGCCAUCCCGGCCUCGGCUCUCUACGGUCACCCGGUUUACACAUACUCGGCACUGAGCGGUCAAUCCAACGCCCUGCCUUACUCUUACCCGCAACUCGCUGCCAGCCACCACUCCGAACCCGUCAAAGUAACAGCCGGCACUUUCCAGAUCGACCAGUGGUUGCGAGCGUCCACAGCGGGAAUGAUGUUGCCCAAAAUGCCUGAUUUUAACGCACAAACACAAAGCAGCAUGUUGGGGAAGUGCCGUAGGCCUCGAACCGCGUUCACCAGUCAGCAGCUACUGGAGCUGGAACAACAGUUCAAGCUGAACAAAUAUCUCUCCCGCCCCAAAAGGUUUGAAGUGGCCACAUCUUUGAUGCUGACAGAAACCCAGGUUAAAAUCUGGUUUCAGAACAGACGGAUGAAGUGGAAACGCAGUAAAAAAGCGAAGGAGCAGGCCGCGCAGGACGCUGUGAAACAGAAAGGGAAAAGCACAGAGAGUAAGUCGGACGAUUAUCAGAGCAAGGCCGGCCUGACAAAAAGCGACCAGAACAAACCGUCCCGGUUGCGAGCCUUUCCAGAGAGUGACGAGGACGGGGACAGUUUGACGUGUCACUCGUCACAAUGCUCCUCAGACGAGGAAGCUGAGCUGGACCAGCCGCACAAGGAGCCGCCUGUCACCGUCAAAUAGGUCACCUCCUCGCUCCCAAACCAGAAUCCCAACCUGUGGAUCGGCGUGAAUGCUUUCCUUUGAAGCCAGAUAUUCUCUUUGUGUUCUGCACCUCAGGCUGUCCUGUUCCCUGAUCUCCAAUCAGUCGCCAUAUAUAUAUAUAUAUAUAUAAAGUACUGUUUGUCUAUCUCUCAACGCAACAGUGGGAAAUUGCAAGACUGUAUUGUCUUUAUUUUUAUAUUGUAUUUAUAAGAAUUCGCCUAUAGUUAUGCAUGCUAAGUUAUUGUUUAGCUACGUGUGGUUUCUCCCCCAACAUAGUGCCAGACCGUACUGUA